CCUGGGUAUUUUUAUGGACAUUGGAAAUUCAUUCAACUAUUGUCUUGGUUCCAUCGAGUCCUUUAUUCUAGUCGUUACUUAUUCAAGUUUAGAUCUAUACUACUCCAUACUUCAUCAUGCCAGGCACCAACCAACAUAGUAACUCUAAACUUCAGACCCAAACUCAACAUCAAUCUUCCCAAUCAACUACCACAAAUGAGACGACCAGUCACCAUGCUCUCGAGCCACUGAGCAGUAGCCGGACCAGCGAGGCUCCGACAUCCUUGAAAGUACCCGUCCGAACUACUCAUACCGAAGAGCAGAGCUCAGAGAGUGAGAAAUACCGUCCGUCCAAUAUCAUUGACGACUUGGCCGGCAUUGGUGCCUGGGCGGGUUCGAUACCUGGGUCCCUUGAGAGGGACAUCGAAGCAGUGAUGCUUGACACGGAGCUUAGAUUGGAUUGA